UAAAGAUGGCUGACAGCGGGGACGGUCCAAACACUGCUAACUCACGAAAAGAAUCAAGAGCCAAUGUCAGUGAUAUCCCAGUCACAGAUCCAGCAGCAAAUAAGCUGGCCGCAUUAUGGACCGCCUAAAAAAAAUACUAUUCACCGUUGAGAGCCUAGAGGCAUCAAAUAAUGCCUUUCACGGCCCGAGAACAAAAUUAGAAUCAAAGUCCGGGGCGUUGAAGAAGUCCAGCCGUUACCGAAGUCGCUCAUUAUCAGCAAGCAGCAAUGACAGCUACAGUUCCGCAUCUUAUACAGGAAGCUCAUCGGACGAGGACGACGUGUCCCCCCGGGAGAAAAUCCAGAAAACAGACAAGGGUUUCACGGAUUUUUGCGUCCGGAAUAUCGGUCAACAUGCCUUCGGCAGACGGGAGAUUGAAAUUGCCGAGCAAGAGAUGCCGGGGAUAAUGGCCUUGAGGAAAAGAGCUGCUGAUGAUAUGCCCUUGAAAAAUGCAAAGAUCGUGGGCUGCACCCACAUAAAUGCUCAAACAGCUGUGCUGAUUGAGACCCUCGUGGAGCUUGGAGCCCAAGUAAGAUGGGCCGCUUGCAAUAUAUAUUCGACGCAGAAUGAAGUGGCUGCUGCACUGGCAUCAGCUGGUUAUCCCAUAUUCGCAUGGAGGGGGGAAACCGAAGAGGACUUCUGGUGGUGCAUCGACAAGUGCAUAGCAGCUGAAAAUUGGCAGCCGAAUAUGAUUCUUGAUGAUGGGGGAGAUGCCACGCAUCUCAUGCUUAAGAAGUACAACGCCAUGUUUAAGAUGAUUCAAGGUAUCGUCGAAGAGAGUGUCACCGGUGUUCACAGACUUUAUCAGCUCUCCAAGGCUGGAAAACUCUCAGUUCCAGCCAUGAAUGUCAAUGAUAGUGUCACGAAAACCAAAUUUGAUAAUCUUUAUAGCUGCCGAGAGAGUAUCAUAGACAGUUUGAAGAGAUCUACAGAUGUCAUGUUUGGGGGGAAACAAGUUGUGAUUUGUGGAUAUGGAGAGGUGGGUAAAGGGUGCUGCCAAGCUCUCAAAGGUCUUGGCUGCAUCGUAUACAUCACGGAGAUUGAUCCCAUCUGUGCGUUACAAGCUAGCAUGGACGGUUUUCGCGUAAUGAAACUGAACGAGGUAAUAAGAAAUGUGGAUAUCGUUAUAACAGCCACAGGUAAUAAAAACGUAGUGACACGUGAACAUAUGGACAAGAUGAAAAAUGGCUGUGUCGUGUGCAACAUGGGGCAUAGUAACACCGAAAUUGAUAUUAAUAGCUUAAGAACUCCAGACUUGACUUGGGAAAAAGUCCGAUCACAGGUGGAUCACGUUAUUUGGCCUGACGGCAAGAGAAUUGUACUCCUAGCUGAAGGCCGCCUCGUUAAUCUCUCCUGCUCAAGCAUUCCAUCGUUCGUUGUGUCCAUCACAGCCGCCACUCAGGCAUUAGCACUUAUUGAAUUAUUCAAUGCACCGCCAGGGCGCUAUAAAAGUGAUGUUUAUUUACUGCCUAAGAAAAUGGCUAAAGAACCAGAUGAAUUUCCUUUUCAACGCCAUGACUUGCCUAAGCCAGUAUAUUUUGUUCCCCCAGAUGAAUACGUGGCAUCUCUACAUUUGCCUACAUUCGACGCUCACCUGACGGAACUUACGGAUGAGCAGGCGAAGUACAUGGGCCUCAACAAAGCCGGCCCAUUCAAGCCCAAUUAUUAUCGUUACUAGAUGAACCAGAGCGUUGAGUUCCUUUCAUCGAUCGCCUGGAGGCAUAACGUCGACAAAUCGCGAGCGAUAAUGCGAUUUUUCAUUUCGUCUUUUCGAUUUAAUUGAUUUAUCUGUAGAUCAUACAAUUUGUACAAUUGGAAGUGCCAUUGAAAUUGCGUUGUAGACAAAGCGAGUCAUGAGAUCGGUUUUGUAAUUAAUUGAGUUGUCGAGUGAUUAAACAAUUCAGUAAUCAAGUGAGAGAAUUAAAUUCUCGAGCAGCUUUCAAUAAAUAUCUCAAAUGCAGAGAAACAUUUUUGUCUCUCUGCAAAAGAAAUCUCUUGUCUAGCUCUUAAAAUGUCCUGCAAGAUUUUCAGCGAAGAAAAUGCUUGAGAAAAAGAAUAUUCCUCUCGUUUUACUUCUGAAUUGCUCAAUACAGAUAUUAUCGAUACACUAAUCGCUAUAUGACUCGUUCAAUGAAUAAAGUAAUCAUGUUAUUGAAAUCAAUCAAAGUACACAUUCAAGAUUAAUUGAGGCUGCACAGUAGAAAUUCCGUGAGAAAUCCGCAAGUGUACAUGAAGCUGAUGAAUAUUGCACAGCAACCCUUGAAGUAUUCCAAAAAACCCCUUAAUUCGAGUUAUUUAAUGUAAUGAGCCACAUAAGAAUGGCAUCUCGUAAUAAAUGAGAUGCAUGCAUCAAUUCAAUACAAUUAAUUAAUUGAAUUGUGGAGUAUUGAACAGUUCAGUAAACAGCUGGGAGAGUGAAAUCUCCCAUCUCAAGAUUUUUAACGAUGAAAAAUUUUUGACAAAAAUUUACUCGUCCCAUGCAUGAUGCAGAUCAGCCACAUAAUGAUAAUGCUUAUCCAUGAGCAAGAUACUGUCAUUGACGCCCCUCAUUAUUUCGUGUAUAAAAAUCCGCAAAAAGUAUUAAUUCCACACAAUCAACCAUCGAUGCAAUAAAAUAUUUUACCAUAGAAAUAACGUACAUAGUUGUGUUCCGCUGCAUGAACUGUUGAAAAUAAACGACUAGAUUAAUUUGCUCAGUGCACAUUGAAAGAAGUUGUAAGAAUAUCUCGGUUGUGAAGAGUCAAAGAAAGGUCAUUAGACUUUUCAUAUACAGUUACUCAUGAAAAUAAUUGGAUAAAUGGAAAUUAUAAUACGUGAUCAGUGCUGGUUAUGGCCGCAGGUACCAGAGGAACAGUAUGAGCCAUAGUAUUCAAUUUCAGGGACACAAAACAAGUCAAUAAUUUAUAGUUCAUACAUAGAUUGUAAGAAAAUUAAACAUAAUCACCGAAACAAUUGCAAAUAAAAUAGACUAGAUGGAACAAGUUAAUGCACAUGGGCCUACAUUGUUAAUGAGAAAAAAAAAGAUAAGAAUUCCUUGAAUAAGGGAGAAUCAGUAUUUCUAGGUUAUUUCACACCUGGACGUGUCACCAGGACUGGAAUUGAUCAUCAAAAUUGUUAUUUUUCUGAAUGAAAUUCCAUAAGUGUUUCUGGUUAUGUGAAAGUUUUUUUUGUCUUAUUUCUAUUCAUGGUCAAUGCACUGAUGAAUUCGAAGUGAAACAAGAAAAUAGAUCGAACAACAAUGAUGGUAUUUUUGUAACGAGAUAUUUGUGAAUAAAAGCGACAGCAUGAUUAUCAUUAAACAGAA